AUGGAUAACAACAGUAUAGCAAUUUCUCAUUCUGAUGCCAUUAGUUCAAGCGCAGCAGAAUCAAACCUAUUAUGUCAAUAUUUUCAAAAAAGGAAACGCUUGUGGACAAUAUUUUUUACUAUUCUCGUUAUUUUAAUCAUUGCUAUUUCAAUCAGUGUUCCUCUUGCAAAAAAGGCAAAAAAUGGAAAUACAUUAACAACACAAGAAUCAACAACUGAAACAAGAACAACAAAUGAAAAAUCAACAAUAAACACACUAUUAACAACAACAAAUAAACAAUCAACAACAAAAAUAACAACUGCAGAGACGAUGAAAACAACAGCAACAUCAACAAUAUCUUCAACAACAUAUUCAACAACAUCAGCUUCAACAUCACCAACAACAUCAACAACGACAUCAUCACCAUCAACGUCAUCAACAUUAUCAUCAACAUUAUCAUCAACAACAUCAUCAACAACAACAUCAGAAGCAUCACCAGAAACAUCAUCGGAAACGGCAUCAGAAACCUCAUCCUCAACAUCAGAAACAGCAUUAUCAGUAUCAGAAACAACAUUAGAGAUACUAUCAGAAACAUCAUCAACAACAUCAGAAACAUUAGAAGCAUUAUUAGAAACAACAUUAGAAGCAUUACCAGAAACAUCAUCGGCAGCAUCAUCAACAACAACAUGGUCAAAAUCAGAAACAUCAUCCUCGACAUCAGAAGCAUCACCAGAAACAUCAUUACCAGCAUCAGAAACAACAUUAGAAACAUCAUGGGAAACAAUAUCAGAAGCAUUAUCAGAAAUAUCAACUACUUCUACAAAAACAACAUCAACAACAACACCAAUAUCUUUUACAAAUCUCAGAUUUGAAUGGAACUCUAGUGGUAAUACUGUGGCUGGUGAUGCUGGCGGUUCGUCAGGUGUAGACGCCAAUCGUUUUAGUGAGCCUUAUGUUUUGAAAUUUGAUUCAUCAAAUGCUCUCAUUGUCUCUGAUACGUUAAACCAUCGAGUACAAAAAUGGAUCAUAGGUAACUCGAGUGGUAUAACGGUUAUCGGUCACGCAAAUGGAACAGCAGGUUCUUCCUCUGCUUCUUUGUAUCGACCAGUCGGUCUUGCACUCGAUUCAAGUGACAACAUAUACGUCGCUGAUAAAAGCAAUGAUCGAAUUAUGUUCUGGGCGAAUGGUGCAUCAUCCGGCUCGAUGAUCGCUGGGACAGGUUCUAGUGGAAGUGCCAACAAUCAGUUUAGUAAUCCUAACAUGAUCGAACGUGAUUCGAACUCGGGUACUCUUUACAUAAGUGACGUCAAUAAUCAUCGAAUAAUCGAAUACCUUCAGGGUGCUUCGUCAAGUACUGUCAUGGCUGGUGGCAAUGGACCAGGAUUAAACACCUCACAAUUGUGGUUCCCAUUCGGGUUUACUUUAGAUUUAUCGACAAAUAGUUUAAUAAUUGCCAAUUAUGCAGCUCACAAUGUUGUUCGUUGGGUGAUAGGCGCUACGGAUUGGACACUUCUUGCUGGUAGUGCUACUGGAGCAAGCGGAUCUUCAUCGACGCUUUUGAAUAAUCCUGUUGGUGUAGCAUUAGAUCAAUAUCACAAUUUAUAUGUAGCUGAUGCAGCCAAUCAUCGGAUUCAGUUUUUUUUGGCUGGUCAGUUUAGUGCUACGACAAUUGCAGGUCUUACUGGUUCACCUGGCAUCAGUGCUACUCAAUUAAAUAAACCCUAUGGGAUAUUACUCGAUGGUCAGUUGAAUUUAUAUGUAGCGGAUAGUGCUAAUAACAGAGUGCAACGAUUUUUACGAUACGAUACAACGGCAACUACGUCGACAACAUCCACAACGACAAUUACAACUACAAUUCCAGUUAAUCCACCAGCUAUUAUUCAAUGGUUAUUCGAUGGUGAUUUCAGCGAUGCAUAUGGUAUUUAUAAUGGAUAUUUAGACAAUAACAGUAAUGUUACAUGGAUGUCACCAGGCUAUACUGGAUAUGGAAGUGCCGUUUGGUUUUUACCUACCAAUUAUCUACUCAUCAAUCAUUAUCUUAAUUUCAAUCCAACUAGUUUCACGAUUUCUGCUUGGGUAUGGAUUCCAGCAAAUCUAUCGUUGAAUGAAAAUUUCUUUGUAUUAUUUGUUCAUUGUAACUUAACUACUCAAGAUACGUGUCUGCACAUUGGAAUAGAUCGUGGCAGAGUCUUUUUAGGUUUCUUCAACGAUGAUUUAAUGGGAAGUACUUUGCUGAAUUCCAACCAAUGGUAUCAUGUUGCCUACGUUUACGAUCGAUUAUCAUCCAGACAGAUUGUUUAUUUAAAAGGAAUUCAAGAUGGACGUCGAGUAACUUCUGGUCCUUACAAGGGUACUGCAAGCGUACUGACUGUUGGAGCCAUACCAUCAUUCGCUCCGGGAUUUAUUACUAAUAAUGGUUUCAUUGAUAAAUUGACAUUUGUACCAGGUGUUAAAACAACUGCUGAACUUCUUGACGAAGCCACUCUUGUUGCUUAUUAUCCAUUCGAUAAUUCGUAUACUGAUCUCGGACCCAAUCAGAUCAUUAAUAGUACUAGUGUCUCAACUAUGUUUGAUUCGUCUGGUCGAUUUAAUCAAUCCUUAUUGAUCAAUUCGAUAAAUUUAUCUUACUUUCAAACAACAGGUUUCUAUUAUCUUGGUCAAACGAAUUAUCCAUAUUCAUUCUCUUUAUGGAUUUAUCCAUUCGUCAAUGAUGGUACUAUUCUUCAGGUCAGCUCUUCAAAUGGUUGGUGUGUACCCAUGAUUGGUUUUGAUAUUUCUGGUCAUCUAACAAUCCAGACAAUGGGUAGUAAUGGCAUUUAUGCUGCUUCGUUAUUUUCUGAUACAUUAUCACUAAAUCAAUGGACUCAUGUGGCUAUGACUUAUUCAACUAUAAAUGGUAUUCAAUUGUUUAUAAAUGGAACAUUCGUUGUUGGUAAUAAUACUGUUACAAGCUACUCGGCUAGUGGACAAAUAAGUACAAUUACUAUCGGAACUUGUCUUUCUCCAGAUACAUGUGCUGUUAAUACAACAACAAUUGUUCCAUCACAAUUUCACGGAAAGAUUGAUGAAUUAAAAAUCUUUUCUCGUGAAUUGUCAUUAAGUGAUAUUGGUCAACUAGCUCAAGAAACAACCUUAUAUACAUUUGGCCCAUCUAGUUUCUGGCAAUUUGAUAGCAAUACUUUAGAUAGUAUAUCAAAUUUCAAUGGAGAAGCUGUCAAUUCACCUAUUUAUGUAACACCUGGAAUUACUGGCAGUGGAUAUGCUUUGCAACUCAUUCGUAAUAAUACUCAAUAUGUCACAAUAACAACAUAUCAAAAUUUCUCUUAUGUCAGUUUUACAGUGGAAAUGUGGAUUUAUCCUACUUUAUUAAAUACUAGUGUCUUUUACGCACUCUUCUCACAACGUGAUGAUGCAGUAAUUGCUCGUCUAUUACAUUUAAAGAUUAAGAAUAAUCGUUUAUACAUGGGUUUUUACAGUGAUGAUCUUCCAUGUUCAACUGCACUAUCAACGAACACGUGGUAUCAUGUCGCUUUCGUCUAUGACUAUAGAUCACGGUCACAAAUGGCGUAUUUGAAUGGAAAUCAAGAUUGUUAUCGUAGUCCAGCUGGGCCAUAUAGAGGUGUGAGUGGUACGAUUAAUAUUGGCACAUAUUUGGAUUAUGAUCAUACACUUCAAUGUUUCGAUGGUUACAUUGAUAAUGUUGCACUGAGCAUGCGAACUAAAACUGAUAGCGAAAUACUUACCGAUGCUACUUUGACUACAUGGCAUUCAUUUGAUAGUAUACCAUUGCAGGACUCAGGUCCGCUUGGACUAAUUACAAAAACUAAUGAUGUUACUUUAGCAACUGGAAAGGUGAAUCAAGCAUUAAGUUUCAAUUCAAAUUCAUCUUAUUAUCAGAUACAAAGUUUUGUUCUUCUUGGAAUCUCGAACUAUACAUAUUCCAUUGCUUUGUGGGUUAAACGAACAUCAACAGGUGGUGGAACUCUUGUUCAUCUUUCAACACAAACAGAUGGACUAGGAUGGUGUGUUAGCCUUUUAGGAUUUCGUUCUACUGGUGAAAUAGUAGCCACCAAUUGGGACAAUUCAGGCAAGGAAGUGGUAGGUCCAGUUCUACCCAUCAACGUCUGGACGCAUGUCGCUAGUACUUUCUCGACCAUAAAUGGACUUCGAUUUUAUAUAAAUGGAGUAUAUAGUGGUACUACAGGUGUGAUGUCAUAUGGUGCUGCACAAAAAGCAGUUAUCUUAACAUUGGGAAAUCCAAUGUUGGGUGGCUCCUGCAAUCCAAUGUCAAUUGCUACAGGUGUUUAUUUUGGUUCUCUCGAUGAAUUUCGUGUUUAUUCUCGAGAAGUGACUGCUAUGGACGUUUAUGCACUUGCUAAUCCUUAA